AUGGACAAGCGCGCAGCCAGCGGCCGGGGCGAGCCCAUCCCGAGCAUCCUCAAGAAGCCCAAGAGCCGCCGCAAAGGCGAUCUCCUCGACAAGAGCACCAAGAUUAAGCGGGAGACGGUGGAGGGCUCGAAGAAGGGUGAGGAUGUAAGCGCGCCAUUGCCGCAGGGCUGCACGCCGCUCAUGUACGCCUGCCAGCAGGCAGACUACAAAGCUGUUGUAGACGCCCUCAAUAAGGAUCCAUCAUCAGUGAGGGUACGAGACCGUGGUCUACGCUGUGCAUUACACUACUGCGCUUCGAGUGGCGCAGGCGUGAGCCAGGCGUCGCGCGCCGCCUGCGCCGACCGCGUGCUGAUGGCUGCGCCAGCGCUGGCCGACGCCCGCGACGCCGAUGGUCUGACGCCGCUCCAUCUGGCGGUGGUCCACGGAAACGUGCCGCUAGUGCAAACCCUCCUGGCGGCAGGCGCUGACGUCAACGCCAGAGACGAUGAACAUCACACAGUUGUCCAUUGGGCUACUGUGUGUGGAGAGGUGGGUGCUCUGCGAGCAGUGCUAGCCGCCGGCGCAGACGCGGCAACCCCGGACCAGCACGGUGGCUACCCGCUGCACUACGCGGCUCAGAUGUGUGGCGCUCCGGCGGCCACCGACCAUCAGACCCGAGGUGCGGCGCUUGAAGUGCUUCGAGCCCUGGUGAAGGAGGGCGGCGCGCGAGUAGACGUGCGUGACGCCGACGGUCGCACGCCGCUCCUUUGGGCGGCCUCCGCUGGCUCGGCAGCUGCGGUGCUUGCCCUGCACCAGGCGGGAGCCAAGGUCGAUGACGCUGAUAGAGAUGGUCUGACAGCAUUGCACUGUGCUGCAGCGCGAGGCCACACAGAAGCUCUGGAGACUUUGCUAGGGCUGUGUGGCGCCCGAGUUGACGUGGCGGAUUCACACGGCUGCACCCCGCUACACUAUGCGGCUGCACUGGGGCACGCCGACGCCACUGCCGCCCUGCUGCAGCACGGAGCUGAUUCCCAUCGACAGGACAGAAGGGGACGCAGUCCAGCACAUACUGCGGCUGCUAAAGGACAGAUCGAAACAGUGCGCAUUCUUGGAUCAAGAGGUGCCAAUCUUUGGCUAAGAAAUUCAAAAGGUGAUCUUCCCUUGCACGAAGCAGUUGCCUCUGGUAGAAGAGAAUUGGUGAAAUGGCUGCUUGAUGGAAGACCGUCGCAAGUAAAUGCAACCAAUCACGAGGGACGCACCCCUCUUCAUAUUGCCGCAGCAACAGAUAAUGCUGAUCUUUGUCGUCUUCUCUUAGAUCGAGGGGCGGAAGUCAAUCUUGUAGCAAGAUCAUCUAAAAAUGAUCCAUUAACACCGUUAGAUUGUGCUAGUACUCGUGGUCAUAGGUCUACUGCAAAAUAUUUACAAAUGCACGGUGGUCUGCCGGCCUCAAAAUUAGCAAACACUCAAAUUGUUAUCGAUGGUGCUCCUAUCACAAGUUUACCAUCAAGACGAGUUACCAGUACUAAAAUUGACGUCAGAGACAGAAUAAGAAUUGAAAAGAGAGAAGUAGUUGAACUUUCAAGCCCCUUACAAGAAAGAAGGCAAAUAAGAGGUGUCAGUGAUUAUUCAAGCAAUGAAUCAUUAUCAGGGGAGAAAAAACGAUCAAGACAUAAAUCUGAAAAUAAAUAUUCAGGAAUGCGUGAUAGGAGAAAAAGAAUAGAAGCUCAAAAAAGUUAUAGUGAUGGUUACGAUAGUGAAUUAGAUGGCUACAGAAAAGAGCAUUACGACCAGAGAAGUAAAAAGGGCUCAAGAAAAACUAGAUCCAAAAGUGAACCUUCUAAACGAGAUGGAAGCAGCGGUAAACAUCCCCGAAGAUUUAAAUCCGAUACUGAUAGUUCUUCAGAGGCUGAAAGUUAUUCUGAAAAGAAAAAGAGCAAACGUCAUCGUAAAAGGAAUAAGAGAAAAUCUAGUUCUUCAGAGAGUAGUUCGUCUGAAUCCAGCGAACGUCGCAGCACAAAGAGAAAAGGGAAGAAAACAUCUAUUCAUAUAGAAAAUGAUGACGAAAAACAAAGUGUUAAUAUUAUUAAAUAUAAAAACACAGAAAAAGUAGACAACACUAGUGAACAUGAAAGACCUACUGAGAAUACUGAAGUAUUAGUUACUGCUGAGAAACCAGAGCAUUCUGAAAAUUUGGAAAAUCAAUUAGUAAAAAGCAAAACUCUCAGCGAAACAGAAACAGAUACCCUAUCAGUUAAAACUAAUAUGAUCGUGACGGAAGCACAAAUUCAUAUGGAACGUGAAUCAAGUCAACAUGGAAAUUCAGAGAUAACAGUUACUGUUGAUUCUUCAAACAACGUUUCAAUAGAAACAGCAAAUUUGUCAGUAUCGCAAAAAAGUUUAGACGACGAAAAUAAUACUUUACAAAAUAAGUCAGAACCUACUAUUGAAAAUAAUGAAGUACAAGAAACAGCUAUGAUUGAUAAAGCUGAAGAAUUGAUAGAACCACAAAAAGCUAAGACUGAUGGUACAGAACCAAAAACUUCUGACGGCAUUAUUAAAAAAGACGUCUUACCUUUAACGAUUACUGAAAAUAUAACAAAUACUGAAGUAACUAAGAGUAAAACCUCAGUUGAGGAAGAAGAAUCAGCAAAAAAUAAAGAAAAACCGGAUCAAAAAGACCCUCAAAUAUCCGCUACGUCAAGUUCUAUACCAGGCAAUGACACUAAAACUAGUGGAACUUCUCCGUCUACGACAGCAGCGCGAAAACGAUCUUUCCAAGUGCUAUCAGGUCCAGACGAAGCUUUGAUACAGAGUAAAGAUUCUGGUGAUUUUAAAACGAGCCUUGAUGCUCCAAGCAUUGAUAGAACAGAUUUACAGGAUAAAAGUUCUCCUGUUGUUUCAUUUGCAAAUAAGGAUGAUAUAUUUGAAAGUAAAGAUCCAGAAAAGCCUUGUGACCAUUUGAUGGGCGAACAUGUUGAUCACCCGAAUGCAGAUGUAGAAAAAGAGUUGGAUGAAAAGCGGAAAGAAUACGCUUCUACUACUGGAAGUAGCACGGAAGUUAGUCAGAGUAUUGAUAAAGGUCUAGUUUCAGUAAUUGAUGGAAAUAUCCCGGAUUCAGACGACAGAGGGCUACAGCAGGUGAUAACAGAAAGUGUACCAGAACCAUAUGACAUUAAUUUACAGUUAUCACAUACAUCUCCGGGGAGAAUAAGGAAAACUUCUAAAGAUAGUCAUGUAAGUAGUAGGAAAAGUAGUAUUUAUGAAACCGAGAGUUACAAAGUACUUUCUGAUGUAGCAAGUGCUCCAGAUACCGUAGUCACCACGAUCGGAAUAUUGAAGAAAACUCUUGACAACGAUGACAAAGGAACAAAAGAUAGUACAUAUGGACGAGUGCCCAGCGUCAGUGAUAAUGAAAUUUAUAGUCAUUCCGAAGCUAAUGGUAGGAGGAAAAGGUUUCGAAAAAAGGGACGUACUAAAAGUCGAACAACAAUUAGAUCCAAGAGUGAAAAUUCAGAAAGAGGGUACGAGUCCAGUGGGAUGAUGGAUUCUGGUUUCGAACCAAGCCCAAGAGCUCUACAACGACGAAUAACAAGUCCUCGUUUGGCUGCUUACUAUCAGACACGAAAUGCCAGCGGAAGAUAUUCCGGUAAAUCCGACAGCAGGAUUCCAGUGAGAAAACCGGGAGACAAGUAUGCUGUGGAUAUGAAAUCGGUUACCCAACGAAUUCAAACAAAUAUGAGAAGGUAUUAUUGCGAAAGAAAGCUUUUUCAGCAUUUGCUUGAACUUAAGCGGCUGCAAAUUAGGACAAGUAAAACAAAUGAAGCUGUUCUCGUUAAAAGAGCUAUUGAUGAAUAUAACAAAUCUAGUCUUGCUAAUGUCGGACUGGGACCAUACAAUAGCCCAGACUUUUCUUUCAGCAGUUUUGAAAAAUUUCUUUACGACAGCUUAAGAAAACUACAGAAAAGUAGUAAGAGACAUUUGGAUAACUUGCCAGAGAAACCAAUAGAUUUUGAUUACGGAGAAAGUGAAUUGUACAAAAUGAGUGCUAUUCCGGAUAACCCUUGUCUUUGUACAAGCAAAACACAUAGAUGUUUUCACGCAGUACAUGCAUACACUGGCGUUCCUUGUGCUGCUUAUUUACCCUAUAAAUGGGACCAUCACACUAUGCCAAAACCUGCCACGGCAGGCCCAAGCACGAAGGCAAAAGGAUUUCUUCCAAAGAUAAAUUCAAAGCCUCCGAGUGGUUCUGGCAAAGCGCACGUCACCCUCGAGGUGUCCCACGGAAACGAAAAGCAGCUGAUAGCACUCCCCGCUGAGAGACUUGAUAAGAAUAAGAGAUAUUACGUCACGUUUACUGUGAAAGGCUCAGAGCCUCCCUCGGACAACGACAUCACGUCGUCGCCCAAUGCCACACUAAACACUAAAAGUGUACGAAGUGGCUGAAAAUUAAAAAGAAAACACUCACUGCCAGAUAGUGUUUUAAAGAUUCUAUCUAAUGAAGAUCUAUUCUAUAAUGUUAUUUUGUGUUGAUAA